AUGCUCGCCCGUGCACCACACUCCUUGCGUGCACAAGUUGUGCGUAUUCGCGUUGCCCCUUCUGCACGCUUUGUGCAUGGCCACGGUGAAUAUCAUCACUUGCCAUUCGAGUGGCCUGGAAAGAAACGAUUAUCGUUCGGUAUCAAGCUCACUGCUUUCCUGGUAUCAGGAUUCAGCAUUCCUUUCGCAGCUGCCAAAUUUCAAUUGAUCAAGUCUGGCGCAGCAUAG